UCCUCUCUGAUUAUACUGAGCAUAGUUAGAAAAAGUUCUUCAGACAAUUAUGUAAAAUAACUGUUCCCAUAUGUUACUCUUUCUACACUCAAAACGAAAUGAAUAUAAAAUUAGAUAUUGAGAGCAAAGAGAGAAAGAAUUCAAAGUACAAAAAGUUCAGCUGCAUAGAAUAAAUCGAAAGUAUCUUUCUAUAUCGCUUAUAUGGUCUUUUUCUUUCAUCUUUUUUCCUUUUCUCUCCAAUGCUUUGCGUACCUACGUAUCUUAUUCCGGGUGUCGAAAGUGUAACAUGUGACCACAGCCCAGCACAGCCAGCAACAGAGAGAGAACAGGCGUAUGUGUAUGUGCAAAAAAAAAUAAUACUUUUGAUUCAAUUCGGCGAAACAAUAUAUAAUAAAGGAUUACUGAACGCGAUUGUUAAAAGUUCAGUUUAGUAAAAUUGCGACUAACUAUAUAAAUAUUGACGAGAUAUCGCUGCAUUUUUAUUUAUUGAUUUCGAAAUACAUCAGAGUGCACAUUGCUCGCCAUUGUUAUUGGAGAAAUGACGGAGAGCCGACAAGUAACGUACGAAAUCUCAAAGAUCUUUGUACGACAAAAUAUCUCGGCUAAAUAAGUGUACUUUUGCGAACUGGGGAUUAGGUUAGUUUCACUGGACGAACAACAUGGCGAAUUAGAUCAGAAAGAGAACACGCUAUCGAGUGCCCACAGGUCAGGUGUCUCAUCUCAUAUUUCAAUUAUUUUACCCGUACGAAAUCCAACGAUUUGCAUCAUUUCUUGCCCUUUUCUCCGACGAUCGUUUGGUCAAUUUCCGAUUUUUACGUGAGAUUGCUCUCACGCGACAGACCGUCUUCGUGAAGUCCCACAACAUUGGAGAAUAAAGCGGAAACUUUCACAUUUUGAUCUCUUCUGUUCAAACCGACACGCGAGCUCGGCGAGAGAUUAUUGUUUUCCGAUCGUCUUGUGCUACACUGUGCUACACAUAUUCUACACGUGUCAGAGCACACUACUCAUCAGUAGUGCACUUGUCAGUGACAUCCUCAAAUUGAAUUUCGAAAAAACUCAAAGCAUUAUCAAACUAAGAAGUUGCAAUGCCACGUUGAAUUUGAAUUGAUAAAAUGUGAAGAUAAAAUUAUAUCCUUAUAUACAGGUCUAAUUGAGAUCCAAAUAAAUUACAGAGCUUGGUGACUACGACAGUGCACACAGAUUGCAGCGAUAAAGUGAGACAACAGCAUAUCGAAUGUCAGAUUAUUUGUUCGAUCAUUUUACAUUUUGCUCACAGAUUACCCUCUGUGGAAUUUUAAUAGACAAAUUGUGAUAUAAAUGUAGUAAUAUAAAUAUAAGAGGCAUAAGGUUUUAUUAGAUUGUACUUUGAGCUCAAGGAUAUUUUCUUGAUUACUUCAGACUACUGAAAUAAUUACAAAUUGAUGAGCAAUAUGGACAACACAAGCGAAGAGAUAAACGUUGAAAUAAAGGAUGAGAUAGAAGUGAAGGAGGAGACUCCAGAUGUUGCUGGCAAGAUAUAUAUGAAGAAACUCGAUCAGAUACUGGAGGACCCCAUGUUGAAAAGUACCAACGAUGAUGUGCAACGUGCGAUCAAGGGUCUUCUAGAAAUACCAGAUGAAGAACUAAAGGAGUUUCUUGACGAUGAAGAUUUCAUGGAAGGGCUGGACGUUGUAGACGCUUGGGAAGGGGAUGAAGAUAAGAAUCGCGAGACCGAGCAAGACGUCACGAGAUCUACGAAGAAGGGGAAAAAAAACCAAACAUCUAGUAAUUAUAGGGAACAUCGUCCAGAGCCUAAAGGAUCAUCUACGAAAAGUCACAAGAAAUCGAAGAAAGAAGAGAAAAAACGUGAGGAGACUCUUCGUCGGGAUCCUUUGAAGAGCACCAAGGACAUUGAGAGAGAUAAGAUGCGGGCAAAGAGAGACACCGAGAACAAACUUCUUGCCGAAAAGGAGAAGGCAAUCAAGCACUUGCUGGACUCAGACAACGUAGUUCCACCUGGCACGGAAACCGAAGCCAUCCAGAGCAUCGCAGAGGAACAGAACAGAGAACGAGCGCAGCGUGAAGCACGAAGUAAAGAUCGUCGAAGGAGUAAAACGUUGGAACGUUACGGAAGACUGAGCCCGUCACGACGCAGAACUCCCGAUCGAUCUCGGUUAAGUCCUCAACGACGAAAAAGUCCUUUUACGAGCCCGGAUCGUCAUAGGAGCACGGAAAGGCACAGAAGUCCUUACAAACACAGCCCAAGUAGACGAAAAAAUUCACCCCGAUCCUAUGACCGAAGAAGUCCCGUAUUAAGUCCAGAUCGACGAAGGAGCCCUAGACGAUUUAGUGGGGAACGGCGAUCCAGCAUAGAAAGAAGAUGGAGUCCUGGUGAGCGACUCCGUAGGAGACGCUCUGAUUGGAUUGAACGCCGGAGAACCCGAUCUCGUGAUCGAAGGAGUCGCAGUACGGAACGUUCAAGAAGACGAUUGAGCCGUUCGCCAGUAAGCAGACGAUACAGCCCCCGUCGCCGGAGUCGCUCGCGCACACGUAGCAGAUCAUUGGAAAAGCGUGUGAGGAAGCGUUCACCCUUCAUCAACGAACUAGCGAGACAACUGAGAAGCGAAGCGAUGUCAACUGGCGUAAGUGCAAGUGGAUACGUGCCGUCUACAAUGAUGGAAGGAAUCGCACCAUUACUCAACCCUACAUUUAAUCAAGAAGCGGAGCCUCGACCACCGACGCAGCCACCACCAUCACAGCCACCACCACCACCGUCUCCGUAUGUUCAUCAAACGGGUCCAACGCCGCCAUCAUCUAUGAUACCACCUAUGCAAAGUAGAUCAUCGUUUGUAAAUUUUGAACCUGUGCCGGCUGCAACACCAUUAAUGAAUUUCGAACCUAUGCCGUUGCCAUCCCUAGUACCCACUAUGACUCCAACCAGUUAUGCGUCCGGUCCUGUUCUCUACAAUCAGCCGAAUGCCACUGCACCUCCACCACCGGUGAUGUGCUCACCGUUGCUUCCUAUACCGACACCCUCGCCGCAGCCUGUACCCCCUCCAGCAAUGGAUCAUGCGCAUAUGCCGUAUAAUUCAUCGUAUACCCUUCCUUUUGUCCAACAACCACCGGUUCCACCAUUUGAAUCUUCAAACAAACCGAAUCACUCAGCCACACCUUCCGCAUCGUCGCAGAGUUACACAGAAAAACAAAGACCGGCGUUAUCGUCAUACAACGAAACUUAUUCUCCACAUCAGGAACGAAUGAAGACACCCGAACCGCCGAUCAUCUCCAAACCAAAACAGAAAACCAGCUUAUCCAGUCUAUUGGAAGCAUCUGUUUCAGCUAAAGAGUCCUCGAAUAUACCGGUACUAUAUCCAGGAUUCAAGCCUGAAAUAAUGCGACACUGCGAACAAGCGCUAUGCCAGCUUCCAAUGGAGGAUCCGCGUUUAAAGAUGAAGGGUAGAUUUUUCUACGAUCGCACUGAAGAAAAUGAGAAUGUCAAAGACGUUUCCGAAGAUCACACAUCGAAUUCAAUACUUCUACAGAAAAGUAAAACCAAAAUAUUUUGGAAAGAGAGCAACGCGGAACAGCAACUGGUUUCGGUACCGGUUCCGAAAAUACCAACUCAAACGCAUCAAAAGAUCUGUCAAACAGAUGAAGUGGAAACGGAAAACAAGGGUGUGCAAGUGUAUGUCACAAUGGUCGAUACUGCAUCACAAGUCUAUCCAGAGGAACUUCAGCAGAUAAAAGAAGAGAAGCGGCCGAUAAUGGAUCGUCUAGAUUGGGGCGCACGGGAUACAUACGAAUGUGCAUCCAGAUUUCGCGAAGUAGAUGAUCUGAGAUGGAGUCUGAAUAACUCUUCGCAGAGACGUACUUGGAAUAGGCAGUCUCCUAGAAGAUCCGACGAACAACAACAUAUGGAACAAACAGACCCUAUGGACCACGAAUCUAGAAAUGUGAGGCUGGAAUCUCCUGUUAGACACCAUAGCAGAGAUGAUUUUUCUGAUACGCGUGAUCACUAUAGUCAUGACAGAUAUUCGCCGGACUAUCAUGGGCGUUCUUUAGAACGCGAUGAAUAUCAUGACAGAAGAAGUAAUCAUAGUCGUGGGGAAAGCCCAAUGGAAUUAGAAGAGUCCGAUGAUGAAUUGAUGACUGGCCAUACAUUGCAAAGAGGCAUGGAGUGGCAUGGAAGAGGGAAAGGCUCAAGAGGAUAAAAAGUGAAGAGAGUACAGUUUUACAGGAUGAACAUUCAAGUAUGAGUUUACGGUGAACAGCAGUGAAAAAAUAAUUAUACAGCAUGAUAGGUUCAACUAUCUUUAUGUAUGAGUGCUCAAUCAAAGGAUUAUUUGUGCAUAAAACGCUGGAAUGGUCAUUAAAGUUCGCAAAAACAUCACAUCAUUCAAACAUCUUUUUUUAAUAUUACAAGAAUGUAAUCAAAAUGAUGUAUACAUACAUGUAAUAUUUGUUGUAAUAUCUCAUAGAUAUAUAUGACAAACACUGAUAGUUCAACUUUUGUCAUUUUGUUUGCCCCAUUUUUAGUAUGCAUAUUACUAUAAUAACACUACAAUAAGUUUAAUAUAAGACAAUUACUUACGAUUGAGAAAACAUGAUAUAUGUAACGAAGAGAUGUAAUUAAAAAUAAAAAAUUAAAACUAAUAGGAAUUACAAAUAAAAUGUUUAGCGUAAAAAUGUGAAAAAAGUAUGCACUAAUUCUAUUUUUCAUCCUAAAGAUAAUGUGAGAAAAGACAUUCCCACGACUUGUUAUUAGAUUUCAAUAGAUUAAAUGUCUGCUUUUCUAUAUAACACAGGAGCUCUCUAUUUGUGCGAUAAAUCCCUUUACGUAAAAUUAAAAAUACAUGUCUGGUCAUAAAUUAGUUUUUAAAUUGCUUGUUUUAUUCUUUUAGAAAUUAAACAUGCUGUUAAUCCCAAGUAUAUAGUUGCAUGCGUUGCGCGGUACCGCUCAAGUAUUGCAUCAUGUUAUAGUUUCAUCUCGCACGUCAUUCAUAAUUUUUUUGUUUUUAAUAACUCAUUUGCAUUGAUUUUUUGUCCCAUUUUAUAUAGUAUGAUUUUCACAAUAUUUUAUUGAAUACCGUCUCGUCUCAUGUGAGCUACUACUGCUACUAUAAUAUCGUAAUAGCUAUGGAAUUUAUUACGAUACAAAUAUCCGUGCAUAUAAAGUUUUCAAUUGUUGAACGCUGUACUGUUUUUUACCAAGUAAUUACGCAAGAUAUGUAAAUAUAAUUAUAAUCGGAACAUGGUUGUUUCACUGUUUAGAUCAUGCAAUAACUGUUUAAAAAAAUCGAAUAAAUGUUUCCAAAGUAAAAAUUCAAAUGAUAAAUUAUUAUAUCUACAAUUAUGCUGUGUAAAUGAUGACGUAAAUAAAUAUUUUCAAUAAAA